AUGUCCGGAAUGGAAGCCAUGAAGGCCGUCCCAGCUGCAGCAGAAGGUGUGAAGGACAAAUUUAAAGAAAUGCCCGGCAACGGCCAAGAGGAUCGAUCUCACGAAAAAUCCCAAUCGACAUGGGAACAGACUGACUAUAAGAAAGAACAAGCCAAGGAUUUCGCCUCGAAACAAUCACAUAAAUCCGCUCGAAAAAUUGAUGAACAC